UUAAAACGAAGAGGGAAGCUGGUGAUUGUAGUUUCAGAAACAGAAACCAAACUAGGGUUCAUUUAUUGACUUUUGAAACCUGGAGGAGAAAAGAGAGGCUGUGUGGCAUCUCAAUUGUUAGCACUUUUCAAGUGAACAACUUCAAUCGCAGAUUAAUAAUAUCAACAUAAUGCAUAUAUAUGAAGCUCCAAUGCAGUGUUAUAUUUCCCAAAAAGAAAUUGCAAAAGAUGCAACUGUAAUUCACAUAUCUGAAACACCUCAUCUUAAUCGCAAUUGGUAUUUCAGCAGAAAAGAGAUAGAACACAAUACUCCAUCAAGAUCUGAUGGCAUUGAUUACAAACAAGAGCAACAUCUGAGAAAGCUAUACUGCUCUUUUCUUCAAGAGCUUGGCAUAGAGCUUAAAGUGUAAGCUCUUGUUUUCCUUCACUCUCAUGUGAGAAGGCACAUGAAAUACCUCAGGUAACAAUAGCUACAUCAAUGAUGUUUUGUCAUCGAUUUUACAUGCGACAAUCCCAUAAAAAGAAUGAUUGGCAGACAGUUGCAACUGUAUGCAUGUUUCUUGCAUGCAAAGCUGAAGAAACACCAAGGUGGUUAGGUGAACUUGCUGUGGUUGCUUAUAAGUUAAUAUACAAAUGGGAUCCUUCAGCCUCAAGGAGAAUUCGGGAGAUAUAUGAUAAGCAAAAGGAUCUAAUUUUAAUUGGGGAAAGACUUCUGUUAAUUACUAUUGCCUUUGAUCUAAAUAUAGAGCAUCCAUACAAGUCACUUGUUGCUGCUCUUAAGAGAUUAGCUAUUACAGACAAAGAGCUUGUAAAAAUCGCAUGGAAUUUUGUCAAUGAUUGGCUUCGUACCUCGCUUUGUUUGCAUCACAAACCCCAUUACAUAGCUGCUGGCUCUCUAUUUCUUGCUGCCAAGGUUAAAAAUGUAAAAUUGCCAACAGCAAAAGGGAAGGCUUGGUGGAUGGAGUUUGAUGUUUCACCAAAACAGUUAGAAGGUGUGAUCCAACAAAUGAUGAGUUUAUGGGAACAGAGUCAAAGUCAAACUGUAUCUGAAAUCAGCAAAUCAACAACAAAAUCUAAUUAUGUUAAAAAACAGGUUUUUGAGAAUUCCUAUGAUACGAUAAAUUGUGUCGAUAAAACAAGUGAUACAGGUAGUGGAGUUAGUGAUUGUGAACCUGUUGCUAUAAAGUCUGAUUCAAGUUCAAGUUGUAAGAUAGUUUCAGUAGAGGGUAUGAGUACAGGUGGCAAUAAUAGCCAGGUGGAUGUGGAUCGAAUCAGAGAAAAAAUCAAGAAAAGAAAUUCUAUAAAAACUAUGAAAAGAAAACGUGUGGAAGAAGACAUGGAUGGUGAUGAAUGGAUAGAAAGGGAAUUGGAGGAUGGAAUUGUAUUGGAAUCACCGAUUCCAGGGAAUUAGAACCUUUUGAGAUUGAGAUUUUAUCGUUUUGUAAGUAAAAAACAAAGAAGGUAGAGAUAUUUUGAAUAGGUUGAUUAGAUUUCAUGGUCUACAAUGAUAUGAUAUGUUGUGUAUGAGUAGUAAUGAGUGAGUCCCAUUUUUUUCAUCA